AUGUCAUCGCCAUAUUACCUCUUUCUCUUCGAACGUUUCCAAAUGGAAAUACCAUACAAGCAGGAAAUGAUUCAUCUCUAUCCACCGUGGACAUACGCGAUCUCCAUAGGAUCAUGUUUAGUUUAUUUAUUUUUAAUUACCGCCGUUUUCCCAUGGUUUACAUCGAAACUAACGCCAAGCUUCAAGGAAUCCUUUGGAAAACUUCAUCAUGCAUUAUUAUUCUUGUAUUCCCUCUUUUCAUUUCUCGCUGCUUUCUAUCAUAUAGUUGUAACCGGAGAAAUCACCAGUUGGACACGUUAUAUCUGUGAUCCCUUACCUCCAUGGCUUCGUGCAGUAUCAAUCACGUUUACUUUAUCGAAAAUUUGGGAAUGGAUUGACACGGCCAUUCUAAUUUGGAAAGGGCAUUCAUUGAAAAAGAUUGGAUUUCUUCAUACGUAUCAUCAUGCGACAACAUUCUUACUCAUGUUAUGCGUUAUGAACUUACCCGGUCCAGAAAAAGGUGGAAUGUUAUUAAAUGGUUUCGUUCAUGUGCUCAUGUAUUAUCAUUUUGCAUUUCGUUUAUCGAAAAUUUUCCGACCAAUCAUUACAGGACUACAAAUUAUACAGUUGAUAACAUUAACAUACAUGUGGCAUAUCGUACCUGAUCUUUGUCCGAAUUAUCGGAAUUUUUCUCGUGAUCAUUUGAUUAUCUUUCUAGUUCCGUAUGCUCUGGUACCAGUUUAUUGUUUGUUUUUCUUGAAAUUUUUCAUAGAACAAUAUGUUUUUUCGCCCGGCAAGUCGUCUACCCGAAAAAACGACUAG